AUGGCAAAAGCUCGGUUAGCUUCGCUUAUUUCGCCAACUUCGCUAACUUCGCGUAUCGCUGCAAGCGACAUCGAAGUCGUUCGUGCUGCCGUCAAGUACAAACUGCCGAGGGUCGUUCGCGAGAUGCGGCCGUUCUGGAACGGCCACAUUGUCAAGAGCCCACUUGACCUCUACUUCAGCGCCAUAAAGUGGGGUUUGCUAAGCGAAGCAGAAGCCUGUGCUUACGAGCUCGUCAAGGCCCAUGGCAAGGUUGCUUCCGUCGCUCAACUGUACGUCGCUCAAAUGGAAGAGGCGACCACCGAGGAGUAUCACAAUCUCCUUAUCUAUGCAGCUCGAUGUUUCGAAGCCGCGAUUGACGACACUUUAUGGCCCGAGUCGGUCGACCUGCAAAACCCUCCGUCGUGGCUAAAGAAAGAAGUGGUUUCCUCCCUUCGAGAUAUGGCUGUCCGCAACAAGCGCACCCUUGACUCGGUCGCUUCCCAAACUCCUGGCGGACUCUUGUUCCUGGGCACCGCGAUCACUGCCACCACCAGCUCCAGCCUCUCGAGGAAGUCCUACGAGCCUCCACCAGUAGAAAACAGGAUCGGUUGGAGUUUGGCGUUCCUAGAUCAGUUGAGUUAA